CCCAAAGGAUUAGCUAAUAUUCCCAGAGCAGGGCGCGCUCCCCGGCCCAUCUACUUUUUCUUUCCUCUCUAUACGUGUUUUCCCUUCUUCUAGUUCAUUCCAGAGCAGAGAGAGCUUUGGAUUUCACUGAGCUUCUCUCUCUCUCUUUUUUUUUCCCUCACAGCUGGACUGCUGCCAGUGUCUCGCAGGGCCGGCAUUUCAUCUAUCGGGACAGAUUUUUCACCCCAGCCCAGCUGCACGCCCGCUGCCUGCGAGCAAACCCCAGCAGCAAGCAGAGCUCGGGAGGGCAGAGCACCCCAUCCCCAGCCAAGGAGGACGUGGAGAGGAAGGAAAAUUGCCUCCAGCACUCAGAGAUUGUAUACCACUGCGCAGCGAAAGAAAGAACUGUCGGAUCUCAAGGCAUGAGCAGCACACAAGCUGCCCUGGGCUCUGCUGGAUCCCUGCACAUAAUAUGACUGAUGCUGAGCCUUUCGUCUGCCUUCACAGAGCCGAGCUUUUGGAUUUAAGGUAGUUUGCCCAGGACUGGACUUUGCUAUGCUGGCCGAGGCAGCUCUUGUGCUCGGUGUGUGGCUGCAGCUCGCUGCGGGGCAGGAGGCACCUGGCCAAGGUCCUCAGCCCUCCAUUUCCAAUUCAGAGGGAGACAUCCUCCUCUUACUGGACAGCUCUGGCAGCGUCUCCUACUAUGAAUUCUCCAAGGUCAAGGAAUUCAUGUGGGACCUCAUGCAGCCUUUCACCUUUGGCCCCAACGAUGUCCAGACCAGCAUCAUCCACAUCAGCACGACCCCCACCAUGGAGUUCCCCUUUGACCGGUACCUGUCCCGUGGGACGGUGCAGCAAGCCAUCCGGAACACCCGACAGCUCAUGGGUGACACCAACACAGGCAAAGCGCUCUCCUUUGCCAAGGAGAAGCUCUUCAGCAAUGACGCCGGUGCCCGGCCAGAUGUGCCCAAGGUUCUGGUUUGGGUAACGGAUGGGUUUUCCAGUGAUGACAUCUCUGAGCCCAUGCAGCUCCUGAAGGACAUGGGAGUGACAGUCUUCAUUGUCAGCACCGGGCGGGGGAAUUACCUGGAGCUGUCUGCUGCUGCCAGCCAGCCUCCGGAGAAGCACCUGCACUUUGUGGACGUGGAUGACCUCCCCAUCAUCACCAAGGAGCUGCGAGAUGCUAUGCUAGAUGUUAUCCAAGCAAAUCGGCUCCGUGUGGUGGAUAUCACAUCAAGCAGCUUCCGUCUGACAUGGCCCCAACUCCUCUCCCAAGAAACCGGUUACUACACCCUCCAGUAUGCCCCAACAGAUGACCUGGCAGCCAAGAGGACAACGCAGGUGUCUGGGGCUCACACCAGCCUCACACUGAGCAAUCUUGCUCCAGAAACUACAUAUGAGGUGGCACUUGUUCCUGAAUCCAACGUCCACUACUUCCCUCCCCAGACAAUAAGGGUUACCACCCUGGCAGAGGAAAUCAGUCCAGCUCAGAUUCUCAUCUCGGACUCCAGGCCACACAGCUUCCAAGUCAGCUGGGCUCCUACACCAGACAGUGUGACUAGCUACCAGGUCCUGUAUGGGCCACUUCGUGGGGACUCAGCACAGCUGCUGGAGGUGGAUGGCACCCACAACAGCACUGUUGUGGAGAACCUGGCACCCAACACCACCUAUCUGGUGACAGUGACUGCGAUCUACAGUUCAGGAAAGGAGAAAUCGUUGUCAGCCAAAGCAUGCACUCAGGAAGAGGGCUCCAAAGUGAGGCAUCUUCGCUUUGAAGACUUGGGCUCCAACACCCUGAAGGCUUCAUGGGAUGCUGCAGAUGGGAAGGUCCUUGGUUACCGAGUCAGGUGCCGGCGGCAAACCGGCCCUUCAUCACUCAUCAGUGUGUCACCACACAUCCACAGCGUGCUCCUCACAGACAUGGCCCCAGGCACCACAAACAAAGUGUGUGUCAAGUCCAUGUACAAGGAUCAGCCAGGCAAGGGGCUGUGCCGCAUGGUGCACAUGCAGCCAGCUACAGAAGCCCCGGGGUACAAGCACAGACAGAGGGCAUGACAGACGUGAGCGUGAACUGAUCCCCCCACAGAGCAGGAGAUCUUGCUUGGAACAAAGGUUUGGAUGAAAUGGAGGGACUUACAGAGGAAAUCAGAAAGCUCACAGACCAUCUCCCAGCCUGCACUGUCUGUUGAGCUGUCCUGGUUGCAAAGCCUGAGGGCCAUCCUCGGUCAAGUCCUCGCAAAGCUUGAAGAUGGGGUUCAGCUGGACGGAGCUGACAAUCCCACUGCUAGAUGCCAAAUCUGUACCCUCUCUUGUAUAAACAUGCCUGACAAACAACAAACAAAAGGCAACCUGAUGAAUCCUCACUAUUGCUUGCUUAUUUCCCGUACUCUAUUUAUUAAAUGUUGAUACAGUUGUAUUUUUGCAGCCUGUGAGCAUGUUCAGGAUGCAGCUGUUUACUGCACUAGCCUUUUGUUCUGGGCACUGCACUCAGAGAAAAAUUGCAAGCUGUCAACAGCCACUGACACUGACAAAUAGCUUACCUUCAACUUAUCCAGUGUAUUUAAUACACGUUUCAAAGUAGGCAUCCCCAAAGUAUACCAUCUCAGGGAUGGAAGGUGAAAGCAGUAAGAGAAAGAAUAACAAGUACAGAGAACAUACAGUAUGCAGAGGAAACCUGGUCAAAGGCUCUAGGACUUCUGAAAAGAAGAAAAGAGGUUAUACCCAUUUGAUCUUCGGCCAGGACAUGGAGCCACGUUGUAAAAGACAUUUUGCUUUCUAUGCAGUAAAUGAAUAAUCUAGUUUUCCUGGGGGGGAAGGGUGAUUUAUGGCAAACUUGGUUGGUGAACUCUGAGGAAUGGAACAAGAAAGCAGUGCCAGCCCAGGGCGCUGGGUGCACUAUGAGAAGUUUGUUCAUGUCUGCCUGCUGAAUUCCUGAGUUUUAUCAACACUGGUAAUGGUGUUAAAUUCAUCUGCUGCAGUGACACAGAGAUCCCAGAUGGACUCUGAAGGAUUCAGCUCCCCCAAGUCAUUUGCUUUGGGAUUUAAUAGCAGUCUGAGAGAGCAGAAAACUCAGAAAACUUGGAACUUUGCUUCCCCAGCAGGUUACACUAUUCUCAGCCCUCAGCUGAGCCCAAGGAGCAGCAGCAAGUCAAGAAAGGCCAGACUGCAUGGCCAUACAAAGCUGUUAUUUUGGUCUCUCAUUCAAAUGCAUACCUUCAAACAACACAACAGCACAGUGCUGCCUGGAUUGUGACCACCAAAUGAGUGCGGCAUACCUGCAAUCAGUUGCAGCAAGUCAGAUAUGCGUCCUACAGCAGAUAUAUUGAGAUUAAUUAGCAUGUUCUACGGCUAAUUAGGAGACAUCAGACUUUAGCACUAUCAUUCCUGGCUCUAUCCUUUGCACGCUUAAAAUAUUUUAAGAUUUCUUGUCCGGGGCUCCUACCCAGUGCUAAGCUUUAGCUCAUUUUAAGAACCAUUAUUUUUUCCAGGAGAUGAGUAAAUCUGGUUCUUUCCCUCUGGCCCCACGCUUGAAUUGGCUGUCACUAUGCUAGUCUUCAGAAAGGGGAGCUGAAAAAUAAAUAAGACAAUUCUAGCAGCUAGUGACAAAACCACACGAAAAGCCCAGUUCCAAAAUUUGGGUCUUAUGGCUAUAAAGAAACACAACUACAUCUCUGGUAACUGAAACCAGCAUCAGUGGGAACACCUCGUCUCACUAAUGCUUGCUCUAUUUUAAAUGUUGCUUGUUUGCUCUACAUAUGAAAAAUUCAUUUUCUUAAAGCUAUGCUUGGAGAGCCUCCAUGCACUGAUAGUCCAUCCCACAAACCCUCCAUAGCUCUGCUUAUGGACUCCUUCAAAUAAUUCCUUCUGGAGCUGAAAGGAACUUUGUCUCUGACCUGGAGUGCUGAGCAUGGAAUGCAACACGCGCGGGUUUGUGGGACAUUUGCCUUGGGCUCCUCACACAGGAGGAUGGGAUGGGAGGGAGGUGAGUCAUUCAUUAACUCAGUAAGAGGAUUUCGUAUGAUUUGUGUUCUCCUAUGGAAUGUGUAUGUGUGACUGAUUAAUCUUAAUGGAGACUCUGUGCUGAGGGGAAGAUAAAGCCUCUGGAAUCUCUCAUGCAAUAAAGUAUCUUGUUCAUUCUUGCUGUAGGACAGAAACUGUUGAGUACAACUCCCCGCAUAGCUUACUACUGCAUUAAGAUCUCCCCCCCAGAUGUAAUGCACCCUUUUUAAGACAGUCAAUUAAAAAUACAAGAGCUGUU